AUGGUUUCAUGUUCAGGCAUCGCUGGCAAAGUCGUCAUCAUCCUGCAGUUGAUGGUGAUGACCUCGGCAGAUUACAAGACAGGGAAAUUCGCAAUGCCGAGCAGCCCUCUGCCGAUCCAUGCACAUUGCGACCUCGUCCGACUGCCGCGCGGGGUGGGAGAUCUUUCAAUGCGGUUGCGAGGAGGCAAGGAUCCUGAGCCCGUCGGUGACAUGCUGAACUCGAUCAGUCAGAACAUGCAAAAGUGGCAGCAGGAUUCCAUGAAGUUUGUGGAGCGCAUCGAAGUGCCGAGGAUGGGGAAAGAAGCCCAGCAGGUCUUGUCCGACGCAUCUCGAGCUUGCAGCAAUGCGCUGGAUGCUGUGCCAGGAGGGAAGGCGGCCAAGAACUUCUUCCUUGUUCCAUGGUUGAACUUCAGGCAGAACGAUCCCAUCCUGAGCGAACGAGUCGCCUGCUCUGUUGCUGCCGUUGUCUCCUACGUGUGCGUGCUGCAGCUCGGUCAAGGGAUCAGCCUAGCAGCAAAGAUUUCUCACUACACAUCCAAGGGUCUUCCCGCUAGCGUCAUCGGCUUCAACUCGGUGGCUGUUGCUGGACUGGUUGCUGGGGAGGCAUCACACAAUAUGUACCAGACGCUGCGUUCCAACGCGCCGAGGCUCUACGGCCGCCGACCGGCUCCUUCUCGCGAGCGGAGCAACAUCGACCGCCUGCAAGACCUGUUCUUUUCUCUGAUCUUCUACAAGCUCAUUCUCCGAGGAGCUUUCCGCACGAUCGCUCCGACAGAUCUGACAAAGCCAGGCGUGUUUGCGCGCGAGUGGGUUGAGACAAGAGGAGAGAACUACGCCACUUAUGGUCAACGAGUUCGUGUCGGACAAGUCGGCUGGAAGAGAGGAUGUCAUCAUUGCGGGUCUCGCUUUCCUGGUGGAGUGCUCGGGCUGACCAAGAAGUGGAUCUGCGAUCAUCAGCCUCCAAACAAGAUCGUCUCCCUCGGAGAGAGCCAGCGGUUCUAUCCUCACUGUCGGGGUUGCUCACAGGCUCAAUCCCUCACCUUGCGAGGACUGAGAAGUCCGUUCCGGCUGCACUGGCCAUCUGGUCCUUCCAUCUUCGGGGCGUCUUUCCUGAGUAUCCACCCGCUCAUCGACUGGGCUAGCGACGUUUUCACCGGGAAGAAACAGCCGGAGCCUCGAGGACGAGUCGGUUACAAGAGGCCCAAGGAAUCUGUCUUCGAUGACUCGCCCAGCUCGUUUGGGGGGCUGAGCAAGGAGGACUCGACCAGCAGCUACGUGACCAAGCUGCCAAAGGCUAUGAACUUUCAAAGGAAGAAGCGACAGUCGGAAGACUUUGACUGGAACACCGUAGACCACAUCGAGAAGGAUGAAGUUUGGAGAUAA